AUGACCUUAGGCAUCAAGGAGCCAAAAAGGAAAAAUGUCACUGGGACUAUUGUCAUGCUUCAGGACCCUGAAGAUGGCUCAGGGAACGAUUUGGCUGUUUUGAAGAAGAACAAGGAAGGAACUAUCUUGCAUCCUCAACCUCAUGAUACUCCUAAUGAUCCUCUUAACUGGCCGGUCUGGCGAAGAGACUUGUGCUUGAUGAUUGUGGGGUUCCAAACGUUUUUGGGGGGUGGUCAAAGUCCUCUUCUAGCAGCUGGAAUGACCCUGUUGACCAUAGAAUUUGAUAAGACGUCCACCAUGAUUUCGUACUUGGUGGGGAUUUUCAUGUUGAGUUUGGGACUCGGCUCGGUGUUUGCGUCACCGUCCGCAGUUCUCUACGGUAAACGGGUGGUUUAUCUUCUGGGUAUUUUGCUUUUCUUAGUGGGGGCAAUCGUAGGAGGUUCUUCCCAAAGUUAUGCUGUGUUGAUGAUUGGAAGAAUUAUCACGGGUUUUGGAGCUUCUCCGACUGAAUCCUUACCAUCUGCUACCAUUGCUGAAAUCUAUUUCGCUCAUGAACGGGCUUACAGAGUGGGUAUCUAUACAAUGUUGAUGUUGGGAGGUAAGAAUAUUGUACCCCUUCUAUCAUCGCUAGUCUUCCAAUAUUUGGAUAGACACUGGCUCUUUUGGAUUUUGGCGAUGCUCUUAGGCGCUAACCUCGUAUUGACAUUUCUCUUUGUUCCAGAGACAUUUUGGGAAAGAGAGCCAACUCCCAACAAGAGGAGUAUAAAAGAAACGGGAGCCGCUAGGACAGCCAAAAAUUUUAAACCUCCUAACGAGAGACCCAAUGCCUUUGCCUUGAAUAGUGCUAAUCAAAGUCAGAGGACCAUCCCAACAGUUCACAACAUGCCACCUGAUUUAAGUAUUCUUGAGACCAUCGAGGAAGAAGAACCCAGGACUUUUGCCAGUAGACUCUCGGUGUUUUCAGGCAGACACACCAUUGAUAGCUGGUGGAUGGUGGCCUUACGGCCAUUUGUUCUUUAUACUUAUCCUUCGGUUUUGUUUGGGUCUCUUGUAUAUUCGUUUGCAGUCGUUUGGUUAAUUGUGAUUUCCGAAGUCAUUUCUGAGAUUUUCCGUUCUGAACCUUACGGCUAUUCACAGCAGACAGUUGGGUUGUUUUACAUUUCCCCAUUCAUUGGCGGAAUAUUGGGAAGUAUGACCACAGGUUUGGUCUCUGAUAGAUUGAGUCGUUAUUUGAUUUCCAGAAAUAAAGGUGUUUAUGAGCCAGAAUUCAGAUUAGUUAUGAUGAUUCCUGCCACUUUUUUUAUUGCAUUUGGUUUUCUUGGGUACGGUUGGUCUAUACAAGUCCAUGAUCCAUGGGUUGCUCCAGUGAUAUUUUUUGGGUGUCUUUCUUUUGGAAGUUCAAUGGCUAGUACCACUGCAAUUACAUUUACGGUUGAUUCGUAUAAAAUGUUUGCUUCUGAGGGAUUAGUGAGUUUGAAUUUCGCUAAGAACUUCAUAGGGUUUGCUUUUUCAUUAUUCAACAAUUCUUUCAUGCAAGCUAGGGGAGCCAGAAUUACCUUUGCUACCUAUGCUAUUAUUCAAAUAGUGGUUUCUGUUUUUGGAAUUCCUUUGUACAUUUACGGCAAGAAGUGCAGAGCAUGGACUGAUGAAAAGGAAUUGUUGAGGUUCUUGUAUAAUCCUGACAACCUUCAAAAAGAUGUGUCUGUAUCUCAAGAAGACACAAAGGAGAAUUUGGAUAAUGUCAGUCAGUCAACCAACUCAAAAGAAUACGACACCCUGGCAUCGGCAUGA